ACAUACGACUUGUGGGUGGAUCCAAUCACAGUGAGGGACGGGUAGAGGUUUACUAUGAGGGUAAAUGGGGAACAGUUUGUCAUUAUUCCUGGGAUAUAUACGAUGCUGAUGUUGUCUGCAGACAGCUUGGUUUCCAAGGUGCCGAGUCUGGUUACAAGUAUAGUUAUUUUGGUGGUGGAACUGGACAGAUUUGGCUUGGCAAUGUUAGAUGUGGAGGUCGUGAGUCAUCGCUAUUUUUCUGCAGAAACGACGGAUGGGGAAAUCAUGAUUGUACUGGCGAUCACAAUAGGGACGCUGGUGUUCGCUGCAGUGGCUCCCGAGGUGAGAACAGAUCAAGUACUGUUUCGGCUGAAGUGAAAUUAUCAGUAGAUAAUGUCUCUCUCCUCCGCAGAGGUUUCCGACAUGCGACAUUAACUAUUAUUUGUGUACUUGUUUCCAACUAUUAGUCUAUUAUGUGUUCCUAAGAUGAAGUUGUAAAGGAAAGAGUAGGGAACUUCCGCUGAUUAUAUGGGAAAGAGGAACGCGGUGGGCACAAAUUAAAACGAAAUCUCGAAUUUUAUACAUUUAUCAGUUAGACUAGCGAUGUGCACAGGCUACAGUUAGAUUUGAUCAGGAACAGUUGCGAAAGAUGCAGCGCUCUAACCAAUCGGAUGGGCAGAGUCACUGAGCCGCAGCCUUCUCCGACAGUUGCUUUUUUCGCAGCAAGUCUAGUAAAUGGAUAAAAAUUCGUCCAGAAAUUUUGAUCUUAUCGAGCGAGAUGCGUUUAUAUUUUUUAUACUAAUAAUUUAUUACACUUUGCCUCAACAUGCAGGCUUGGAAACCGCAACAGCUACGGCCAUUUACUGCGGAUCCAUUAUGAUACAUCAAGUUCAAUAUCAACUAACAAUAAAUAACGAUUACAAUUACCAACAAAACAUACAAACAUAUACAGACAUUAACAACAUUAAAGCUACGUUUACACACCGCGAUCCACCGCGUACGAUUCACCCUCUGGCGUAUGUAUGGCACCAGCACUCAUUUUAAUACGCCAAAAUACAAACCGCACACGAAAAAUCACAGCGCGUAAACGUACAUUUUUAUAAAGACAUACAGACAUUAAAAACAGCACAUAUAGGAAGAGACAGAAGACUGCGGGCAGAGCCACACUUAACACAAAUUGACUUCCAUGUCCUUGCAUCUUCAGAGUCAUAAGUUGAUUUUAAAGCACUCUGGUAAUAUUCCUUCAACAAAUGCUUGAAGGAAGACAGAGACGUUGUGUUCCUUCGUAUUUCCUUUGGCAGAACAUUCCACACCCUUUUGAUCGAACCAAGUAUGAUCUAGCGCAAGUAGAGGUUCGACGAGGUCCAGACAAACCGGACGCGAUUCGACAACGCGACGCGAUUUUUCGAUUUUCACUGACCGAUAACUGUGAUUCUAGUUUAAGUUUUUCAAAUAUUUAGAAGCGCUAUAACAUUUUGAGUUAUUGGGUCUACAUAUCUUUCAAAAUUUUGCUCUCGUUGGCUGUUUUAUUAACUUUCAAAACUAAAAAUUCGCGUCGCGUUUUCGAAUCGCGUCAUGUGUGUCUGGACCUAAAAAUCCUGAUAUCUUUGAUUAUUGUUUCUAAAAUCUUACAACCAUGUUUCUUUCAUAGAACGUCCAACGCCAACGUGGACCACACGCGCAGCGCCGACAACAUCUUUUGAUUGUUUAUCCGGGGAGUUCCAGUGCAGAAAUGGCAGAUGUGUCAACAUGAGUAGAGUUUGCGACAAAAAUAACGACUGUGGAGAUGACAGCGAUGAAAGCCGCUCAAUUUGUCCAGGUAAUCACGUGACUCUAUUCAGCCAAUUAAAUGACGAGAAUUUAAUAUGUUGAUUUAGACCGACAAGUCGUCUAGGUCGUAGACUAAAUUUUGAUCUAUAGGUAAGAAUCCAUCGCCACAGCUAGAAAGAGCAUGUUAAAAGUAGCAAAAUUGCAAAGUUUGGUUGCGAAAUGUUGUAAAAUGCGGAAAAUAGAGUUAUACGGAAACGCCAGGCAAAGAAAAAUUUUACGGUAUCAGACAAUAAAGGAUAAAUGAACUUGCUGUUUUAAAACUGCAAUGCAUGGCUAUUUUUCGAAGUUAAACUCCCUAUUAAUUUAUGUGAUACGCAAGGGAAAAUAUUGUUUCAUAUAUGCAAAAGGCCGUCGGGUUUUAAAUCCAUUGUAAAAGGGCAAUUUUUAGAACAAACUUACCUUCGUUAAGGUCGGCGCCCUUUCUUUAGCCGAUUCUUUCGCAGUUUCUUUCCAAGAGAGCUUUUGAAAUUUACAAAAUCUUGCAAAAAUGCGAGCAAAAAUGCGAGCAAAAAUGAAAUAUAUUUGCAAGAAAUUUAUCAAUAAUCAAAUCAAGAAAUGUUUGCUAUUUCGCUGUCGUCAUGCAGUCGUUAUAAUGCAAACUUCAAAUUGGACCACCCACCUUCACUGCCACCCACCCAACACUGUUGGUCACCCACGCCCGCGAUAAUUGAUGAACUUUAGACUCCGCUAAUGCCUUCGUUUCUCCGGGUGUAAAUAGCCGGGGGGGGGGGGAUUAGUACCCUCGCACCGCAAACUUCGCAAAGUUACAUUUUCCGCAUUUUACAACAUUUCGCAACCAAACUUUCCAAUUUUACUGAUUUCAACAUGCUCUUUAUAGCUGUAGUGAUGGAUUUUGUUCUUCUUACCUAGAUCAAAAUUUGGUCUGUAACUGAAAUCAUCUAUUGGUGUUGGUAACGGCUUUAAUUAUUAAAAUUGUUGUCAUUUCAGACGUGCGACUUGUGGGCGGUUCUCGCAAUGAGGGACGGGUGGAGGUUUACUAUAACGGUACUUGGGGGACAGUUUGUAAUGAUGGUUGGGAUAUAAACGAUGCUCGUGUUGUCUGCAGUCAGCUUGGUUUUGACGAUGCUAAGCAUGCUUACACAUCAAGUUAUUUUGGUCAGGGAAGUGGACAGGUUUGGCUUGACAAUGUUGGUUGUACAGGGCGUGAGUCAUCGCUAUUUUCGUGCAUACAUGGGGGAGUGGGAAUUCACGACUGUCGUCACAGUCAAGACGUAGGGGUUCGCUGUAGAGGCCGUCGAGGUGAGACUGAAUUAAUGAUAAAAAUCUAAACAUCCGUUCAUGAAUAAAGGAGUACCAAAUGGUUUUCAGUGCAGGAUUGCGUGAUCCAUGCACGAGGGAUGUCGUGAGACUUUCGGAAAGCGUAAAAAUACUCGAGCCGCAUGCGAGUGUAUUUUUAUGCUUUCCAAAAGUCGAGCAACAUCCCAAGUGCAUGAAAGAACUGCAGUGAAACAAUGGCAUUUUGAGAAUCCCGCGAAGCCAUUUUAAUUCCUUGCGCAGGAUAGCUAUUGACCAAUCAAAUUGCGUGUUUCACUGUAGCUAUUACAUAAUGGCAUUUGACAAAUUGUAAAUAUGCUGCAACCAAGGAAAUUUAUCUGUAAGGUAUUGGACGGCGAAGGAAACAACGAAUACUCGCGUCUCUCUUCUAACUUCUAAAGCGCUCACCCUUGGGACGUAGACUAUCAUAGCUUAGCGCUUCUGAGCCGACUAGAAUCGCAGAACAAAUGACUCUCUGUCAGAAGAAAAUACUACGCUACAUUGCCAUAUUCAUCCGGGAGUUGUGAAAGUUUGCUCUAUAUAACUACAUCACUUUAACACUCCAUUCCAGACAAGCUUCGUCAUUGACUUAAAUUGCGUUGCGUAUUUAUGUGUUGUAAACUGCCACACACUUUAAUUAUUAACUUUUUAAAAAACAUUGUAGGCAUACGACUUGUCAAUGGCCGUUCUCGAAAUGAAGGACGGGUAGAGGUUUACUAUCAGGGUAGAUGGGGAACAGUUUGCGAUGAUGAUUGGGACUUAAACGAUGCUCGUGUUGUCUGCAGACAGCUAGGUCUUCAAGAUGCUGAAACUGCCUACAAGAAAAGUUAUUUUGGACGGGGGACUGGGCAGUUUUGGCUUGACGAUGUGAAUUGUACAGGUCACGAGGAAUCGUUAAUCUCCUGCAGGCAUAGGGGAAUGGGAAAUCAUGAUUGUAGUCACGUGGAAAACGCCGGCGUUCGCUGUAGUGCCGCCCAAG